UACGCAUGUGCGGGGUGAGUGUUGCAAGGAGCGUGUGGGUGAGAACGCUGCUGUGUCAGUCAUGCUGCUGUCUGGCAUGGCUCGAGCAGUCACACAGCACUGCCGCAGGACUCCUGUCCUCACGCUCUUCACCAAGGAGCUGUGUCCUCUGUGUGAUGAAGCCAAAGCAGCGCUGGAGCCCUACAGACACAGAUUUGAGCUGCAGGAGGUGGACAUCACUCGGCCGGAGAACAGAGUCUGGUUUGACAGAUAUCAUCAGCACAUCCCGGUCUUUCACCUGAACGGACAGUUUCUGAUGCAGCAUCGUGUGAACGCAGCGCUCCUGGAGCAGCGUCUGGAGGAGGCUCAGUAGCGUCUGGAGAAGCGCCAGCUGCACCUGAUCCUGCUCUCUCUGCGUCAUCACCUUCAGUCGCAUCAUUCUGAAGGAAGCAUCAAGCGUCCAAUCACCCACUAUCCUUUGCACUCAUCUAGCUCACAGAAAACAAUCCGCACUGAGCUCGACCCAUUUCAUUAUGCGAUGCAAGAUAAAAUAAUACAUUUGGGAGAUGAAGGCAGAUGUUUUCUUCAGUUUUGUUGUGAAUGAAUCACAUAAUGCUCAACUGCGUGAUGUAAACCUCUGGCGCUUGUCGUUACCGGCAUUGAAUUAAUAGAAAGAUUUCUAAUA